AUGGUAAAUUGGAAAUUUUGGAGUUCAUCUAAUGAUAAGAAUGAAUCAUCACCAUUACUUUCAAAUCAACAACAACCUUAUCAACCACAAGAACAACAAGAACAACAAAGAGAAGAGAAUAUAGAAAUAGAUGGAAGGUAUAAUGGUGUACCAUUAUCAAUUAGUUCUUCUGGUCAUUUAAGAAAUAGACAAAAUAAUAAUAAUAAUAAUAACAAUGCAAUAUUACUUGAUAAUAAUGGUAUGCCAUUAAGUCAAUCAAUGGAUGCAAUCAAUAGUACAUUGAAAUCAGGACCAUUAAUUGAAGAAACACCACUUACAUUUAGUAGUUUCUUAACAAAAUUAAAUAAAAAGAAUUUACAAAAUAAUAGUAAUAUUGAAAGUGAUAGUUCAUCUUCACCAUCAUUAUCACCAAUAGUUUCACCUUCUUUAAUUAGUGCUAAUAGUAAUAGUAAUAAUAAUAAUAAUAAUAAUAGUAAUAAUAAUAAUAAUAAUAAUAAUUUAGAUUUAGAUUUAAAUUUUGAAGAAAAUUAUGGUAAAAAAGUUGAAAAUAAAGAAGAAAAGAUUAAAAGAUUAAAGAAUAAAGUUAAAUAUUAUAUACCAAUUUUAGGAUGGUUACCUAAAUAUGAUUAUAGAGCCAAUGCAAUUAAUGAUUUAACGGCAGGAGUUACAACAUCAAUUAUGUUGGUACCACAAAGUUUAGCAUAUGCAUUAUUGGUUGGAUUACCACCAAUCUAUGGUUUAUACACUGGUUUAAUGCCAUUAUUGAUGUAUGCAGUGUUGGGCACAUCAAGACAAUUAUCAGUUGGUCCUGAAGCAUUGGUUAGUUUAAUCGUUGGUACAACAUUGAAAGAGAUAAGUGAGUCUGCUGAUGUACCACUUACAACUGAUGAAAUGAUAGCAUCUGCAAAUAUAUUGGCAUUUUUGGUUGGUGUGAUUUCAUUGAUUUUAGGUUUACUUAGAUUUGGGUUCCUUUCAGAGGUUUUAUCACGUCCCUUGAUUAGAGGUUUCAUUAAUGCAGUGGCUUUUACAAUUCUAUUCGAUCAAAUGGAUACAUUGUUAGGCAUAUCAGUUGCGGAUAGUGGUUGGCGUAAAAUACCUUUAAUAUUUAAGAAAUUCGAUUUAGUCAAUGAGCUAUCAUUGAUCAUUAGUGUCGUUUCAAUUAUAGCAUUAUUAAUUAUGGGUCAAAUUAAAAAGAGAUGUUGUCCAGAGGUUAGAACUAAAAUAAUACAUCAUAUAAUCUUUUUUAUACCUUCAAUUUUGGUGGUGGUAGUGGUGGGGAUUUCAGUUUCAGCUGGCUUUCAUUUAAAAGAGAAAGGCAUUGCUGUGUUGGGUUAUUAUUCUACAAGUUUCCCAAUACCAACAUUACCAAAAUUAAAUAGAUGGGAUAUGGUCAAUCAAUUGAUUGGUCCAGCUUUGUUCAUUAGUAUUGUGGGUUUCGUUGAGUCAAUGGCGGUUAGUAAGAAUUUCGCAACCAAACAUAAUUAUCAAGUUUCAACAAAUAGAGAAUUGGUGGCAAUUGGUGCAAGUAAUAUAUUUGGUUCAAUAUUUUUAGCAUAUCCAAUCUAUGCAUCAAUGACAAGAUCCGCUGUAAAUGAUAAAGCUGGUGCAAAAACUCAAUUGGCUGGUGCUGUCACUUUUAUUGUAGUAUUAUUCACCCUAUUGUUUUUAAUGCCAAUUUUCCAAUAUUUACCAAGAGUAAUUAUGAGCUCUAUCAUUUUCGUGGCCGCAUUGGGUUUAUUUGAAGUUCAUGAUAUUAUUUUCCUUUGGAAGCUAAGGGCUUGGAAAGAUUUACUAUUAUUCUCUGCCACCUUUGUUUGUACCUUUAUUUUCAGUGUCGAGGUUGGUUUAGUCGUUAGUAUUGGUGCUUCGAUUCUAUUGGUUAUUAGACAAUCUUCUGCACCACAUUUCACUGUGUUGGGUAAAUUACCUGGUGAUGCUCCAACUUCGAAAUUUAAAGAUAUCAUUAUUUUCCCAGAGGCUCAACAAGUUGAUGGUGUUUUGGUCAUUAGAUUUGAAGAAUCCCUUUAUUUUGCAAAUAUCGGUCAAGUUAAAGAAAUCCUAUUUAGAAUUGAAAAUAUUGGUAGUGCAUUAGCUCAUCCUUCAGAAAUGUUAAAUUUACCAAUUAAUCAAAGAUCCUCUUUAUAUGGUAUAGUUUUCGAUAUGCGUAAUAUACCUGUAAUCGAUGCUUCUUCAAUUCAAAUCCUAUACGAAAUGGUAUCUCAAUAUAAAAAAAGAAUGAUUCAAGUUUGUUUUGUUAAAUUACGUGAUUCUCAUAAGAAAAAUUUUAUUCGUGCUGGUUUCAUUGAUUUAAUUGGUCCUGAUUCUUUCUUUUCUUCAACAAAUGAUGCUGUUAAUAAAAUUAAAACUACAAAUUUAUUUUUAAAUCGUAGUUAUAAUCAAUUAAAUAAUAUAAGUAAUAAUAAUAAUAAUAAUAAUAAUAAUAAUAAUAAUAAUAAUAAUAAUAAUAAUAAUAAUAAUAAUAAUAAUAAUAAUGAUAAUAAUAACAAUGAUAAUAUAAAUAAUAAUAAUAAUAAUGAUAAUAAUAAUAAUAAUUUUAGAAAUAGUUUUUCUUACUCUUCAUAUGUUUAUAGCAAUAAGAAUAAUAGUAAUAAUAAUAGUAAUAAUAAUAGUAAUAAUAAUAGUAAUAAUAACAGUGGUUGUAAUACUCCAAAUCUAUUAAAUUAUAGUAACAAUAAUUCACCAACAAAUUCAUCUCUUAAUUUAUUUGCAGAAUCACAAUAUAGUUCUAUAUUAGAUAAUAAUAAUAAUGAUAACAAUAAUAAUAAUAAUAAUAAUAAUAAUAAUAAUAAUAAUAAUAAUAAUAAUAAUAAUAAUAAUAAUAAUAAUAACAAUACUAAUAAUAAUAAUAAUAAUAAUAAUAACAAUAAUAGUUCAAAUAUUAAUAAUAAUAAUAAUAAUAUGAAUAAUAGUAUAAAUAAUAAUAAUAAUAAUAAUAAUAAUAAUAAUAAUAAUAAUCAACAACAACAACAACAACAACAACAACAACAACAACAACAACAAAAACAUCAAUAUAAUCAAACAGCUUAUGAAGUUAGUAUACUUGAAAAUGAACAAGAACUUGAACAACUUGAAAGAAGAAGAAAAGAAUUGGAAUCAGAGAUUCAACAGCAAAAGGCACAACAAAAGAAUCAAAACAAUGGAACAUUAAGAAAUUCAACCAAUUCCAAAGGAAAGAAAGAAUUAAAAGAACCAAAGGAACCAAAAGAACCUGUAGAUCCAACUUGUAUUUUAAUUCCAGAGAAUAUAAUUAGUGGAGUUGAUACAAGAACAUCUUUAAUGAUUAGAAAUAUUCCAAAUAGAUUAACUCAACAAAAUCUUACUGCCCUUAUUGAUGAAGAGUUUAAAGAUACUUAUGAUUUUUUAAAUAUGCCAUUAGAUCCUCAUACAAAAGUAAGUCGUGGUUAUGCAUUUAUUAAUUUCAAAGAUCAUAUGAAUGUUUACCGAUUCCAUCAGAAAUUUUUCCAUACACGUUGGAAGAAUUAUAAUCAUGAUAAGAUUUGUGAAAUUAAUUAUGCAAUUAUUCAAGGUGAAGAGGCCUUAUUACAAUCAAUAAAAAAGAAACAAGAGAAACUACAACCUAAAAAAGGUAUUACUUCAAAUGACGAAAACUCGGCAUUUGAAGAAAAGCCAAAUGAAUCUUUAUAA